AUGGUCGGCUUCGAUGAAGAAAUGCUGGACUCUUGGGGUCCAGCAGUUUGGGGAGUCAUCUUCGACCGAUUGCAAAGUGGAAACGUCAAAGGUGGUGCGCUUCAGGUCGCCUGGCCAAGCAAAGUCGACCAAAAAACAGCAGCUCAGCAAAUCCAAUGGGCCACCAAGUUGCCUCUUCCCCAGCUCCCUCAGAAGGCACUCGAGAUCAUAUUUGACAGAAUGGUUGGUUUCUCAGUGGGAGUUCGAUAUAUGGAGGAAAAGAAGAUCCACGCUAUGCAUGGACUCGUAACACACAAUGGACCACUCAAAGCGAGUGUGGAAAAAUGGUUCAAACGUCCUGGUACCGUCGAUAAAUGGAGGGAAUUGAUCCGCUCAUACGCAAGUUAUGAAGACGCAAUGGGCCAUUUGUCGGAUUGCACUACGUUCCCGAGAGAAACGGACAAGCAUCCAUUCAAGACCCACCCUGCAUACAAUGCCGCAAUGCAAUGCGCUUCUUGCUUAGAAUUCCUGGUCCAUUUCGGGAUCGUCAGGCCCAAUGGCUAUGACUUAUCAGGAAGAAGCUGGCUCGAGGCAGGAUUGAAUGGCCCCAAUAUGGAUUUGCUCACCUGCAUUGUCAGCAAUGCGGAUCCUCAACAUCUGACCAAACCCAGAGAUAUCAGAGAAACUCGCGAGAACCACAUUCUUCUCUCACUUGUCGGUGUCGGUGCGUUUUCUCAAUUCGUGAUUGCCCUGAACAGGCUACGCCAGGCAAGACUUGUACCGAUCGAGGAACUUCGCACAAUCUUCCAUGAAGCAGCGAUGCAUGAGUUCUGCGCUGUCGCACCCGUCGCCGUGGCGGAAGCACUCUACCAACACGGAAUCAACAUUGGCAACGUCGAGCAUCAGUACCAUGAGCUCGGCGGACAGCUAGAAUCCUCCUGGCACAUCGCAGCAGCCUUCAAUCCCGCCGGAGCCGACUUCAUGGCCUGGCUCGAUAAAUUCUCUAUGCUCAACGCAGAGGUCCGGAACUCGGAAAACAUGAACCCGCUGAUGUACGCCGCAUGCUUCGACGAGCCAGCCGCAAUCGACUGGCUAUGCCAAAAAUGUGAUCCCAUGCAGCCCAGAUUGGCUGGAGGCCCGCAAGGGUACGCCCUGAUUUGCGCAGCCCGAAGCUCGUACCUCCACAGCGGCGAGAUAUUCUCCAUUAUCCUCUCACAUCUACCAGAUGAGCUAUUCGACAACGAAUACGGCAAAAUCUUCGGCACAGAGAUUGCCGAAGGGCUAGCAUCGCACAAGCGCAAGCUCUCCACCGGUCGAAUCAGCGAACCCACGCAAAACGUGAUGGAGCUUCUUGCUAUACGCAAGAUGCAAGCACUCGUCCGCCGCUUAUCUAAUUUCUGGCCCGGAAGCGAAUGGCACCUGGCGCUGGAUGCGUUCAUACGCGAUAACGAUCUAAGUGUCCUCAAACACAGUAUCGGUACAGGGACGCGGCUGCUUCGGAGCACCUCGCGGGAGAGCUCGCGCACUCGUGGCGCACGUUACCCCAAAAGCUCUCAAUUGCGCAGCAUUUCUGAAGAUGAGGUGCUGGUUAUGUAUGAGGGCCGCAAUGGGCCAAAUCCCGCUCGCGCGGAUGCUAUUAGGAGGAAAAGGCCGGCUCAUGUUACUGCUCGCAGCGGCGGGAGACAGGCUCUUGGUCUUAUCAGGGAUUCUAGCAAUAUGGUAACCAAGACUGUGCGUAGGAAUGGAUCGCGUCGAAGUUGA